UGACAGGAGAUACACUUACUGUUCACUUCCGGGUCCAAGCUCUCUUCCGGUAAAAUGGCGACCGCCAUGGCAGAGAACGUGGAAAUCAAACAAAUUGGUACUUUAAAGGGCAAAGGUUUGUUUUCAAAGACAGCUUUCAAGAAAGGUGAUGUUAUUUUUGAAGAGAAACCCCUGGUGUCAUGUCAGUUUGCCUGGAAUGAACUGUACAAAUACAAGGCGUGUGAGUUCUGUAUGCAGGCAUUGGAAACAGCGGAAGAAAACAGUCGACGUCUGACAGAAAACAAAGGUAUCACACUCCCGUACCCGGAGUGUUGUGAGGUCAAGCCGGAGGACCAUGCUGUUUGUCCACAGUGCCAGAUCGAGUACUGCAGUGCCCAGUGCCGGGACGCAGCGUGGGCCCAGUACCAUCGUGUCCUGUGUCUUGGGAUGUCCAGGGAAGACCAAGACCACCCCAUCAACAGACUCCUGGAAGCCUGGCGGAAUAUCCACUUCCCCCCAGAGACAGCCACAAUAAUGUUGCUCGCCAAAAUGAUUGCCACAGUCAAACAAGCUGAAGAUAAAGAUGCUGUCCUGGGUAUGUUCUCCUCGUUUGUACAGAACACAGUAAACGAGGAGGAGCAGAUCGUCCACAAACUACUGGGAGAACAGUUUCAGGAUCCUAUGGAGCUGCUGUGGAGACUCACAUCGGAGGCACUGUACGAGGAGGCAGCACAACAGUGGUUCACACCAGAGGGCUUCAAGUCUCUGUUUGCUCUCAUCGGGCGGAAUGGCCAGGGUAUUGGCAGCAGCUCCAUCAGCGUGUGGGUGAGGAACUGCGAGGCCCUGGAGCACUCGACAGAGGAGAAGGAGAAGGUGGAGGAGUUCAUUGACCAGCUUUACGAACAACUGGACCAAGUGGCAGGAAUGUUCCUCAAUGUUGAAGGUUCCGGACUGUACCAAUUACAAAGUGCUUGUAAUCACAGUUGUGUUCCAAACGCUGAGAUAACCUUCCCCCACAACAACCACACCCUUGUCCUGGUUGCCAUGGAGACCAUAGAGCCUGAGCAGGAGAUUUGUAUCAGCUACCUGAGUGAGUGUUCCCUGGGCAGGAGUAGGCACAGCAGACAGAGGGUACUCAAAGACAACUACUUGUUCAGUUGCAACUGCCCGAAGUGUCUCAGUCAGGCUGAUGACCCUGAUGUGACCUCCGAGGAAGAGAUGGAUGAUGAGGAGGAGGAAGAAAGAGGAACUGGUGAUGGCUGAAACUGCCAUCUUGAAAUAGAUGUCUUUUAACUGUCAAUAGCAAUAAAAUGUCUUUCUGCUCAAA